AAGCUGUCGAGCUCCAGUCAGACUCCAGUAUCACUAGAGACGACAACCGGACCAUAACACCGCGCACCCUCCGCUGGCGAUCCAGUUUAAAGUGAUUCGAGUUCAGGUCAUACGAGAUCGCCCGUGUGUGUCUUUCGUACGGGGGAAUAGGUUACUAACGACCCCAGAGAUGCCCUCCGACAGACCUUUCAAACAAAGAAGGACCUUUGCCGACAGAUGCAAAGAGGUCCAGCAGAUUCGGGAGCAGCACCCCAACAAAAUACCUGUGAUCAUUGAGAGGUACAAGGGCGAGAAGCAGCUUCCUGUUCUGGACAAAACCAAGUUCCUGGUCCCGGACCACGUCAACAUGAGCGAGCUGGUCAAGAUCAUCAGGCGCCGGCUGCAGCUGAACCCCACCCAGGCCUUCUUCCUGCUGGUGAACCAGCACAGCCUGGUGUCCGUCUCCACGCCCAUCUCCGACAUCUACGAGCAGGAGAGGGACGAGGACGGCUUCCUCUACAUGGUGUACGCCUCGCAGGAGACCUUCGGCUGCUAGGGGCCGAGAGACGGGACCUCCUAACGCUGCGGAGGGAGGGGGGGGGGGGAGGAGGAGGAGGGAGGAGGGAGGAGGAGGAGGGAGAAGGCAAGGCCCCCUUCGUGCUGCUGACAUCCCAGCAAGGAGGCUGUAGGCCCGCACCACACAUCAACCGACAGAUAGAUAGUGGAUACCCUCCCUCCCCCCUCCCAAACAGAGGAUCAAUAGUUAUCAGCCGUCUCAUUUCCCAGUCCUAAUGGAUCCCUUUGACAGUAGCGUAGCGGCCAGUAGGGGGUCUGUAGGGGGUAGCAGGGAGGGGUGUUCCCACCUGCCGUGGGUCCGGAGGGGGAGCCCGGGGCUGUGUGUUCCCGAGCAGUCCCCCCAACGUCCCCGUAGGUAGUUUAGCUCUUUGAAUUGAUUCACCUUCCAUCGUGGCAACAGUGGAACACAUGCUAGUCACGCUAACCCCGUCGACCCCUAGUGUUGUUAUAGAUAACUUGAUUUAAUUUGUGUAGCUCUUUCCAACUCACUUUGUUUUUAAGUUUGCGAUACAAGACACUAGUAGCUACUUAGUGUGUCCUAUACAUUGUGUGUGUGUGUUUAAAUGUAGAACCUUUAUCACUAGCCUGACACUAAAUAACAAUUAGGUUGAUCCAUGUUUAUAUAUUCAUCUUACUGUACUUCAAACAUAUACACAUGCAUGGGCCGGUGCUCCCUUAGCCUUCGUCUGUGCAGAUCGUUGUCCCGCCAAGUCCCGACUUCACCCAACGCCCCCUCAUGGUGGCCGGCCAGUCAGGGACCCCCUGGCAGGUUUGUUCAGUAGCAUUUAUGAUGCUGGUACUCCCUCUGGGUAAUCUGGUAACAUUAACCAGUCUAGAGUACCCAUUCUACGGGAUAUUAGCCUGUGCUACUAUGAGUUAGCAUGAAGGCUCUUAAAUGCUACCGGGCAUUAGCCGAUGCUACUUGCCUGUACAGUGAGCCUAUUGUACUAGCGAUUAGCAUUUUAGAUUCUUAAAUGCUACUGGACAGGAAGCUGACUUUAACAAAGCCUGCAUGGACACUUCUUCAGGUUUGAGUCUCGUCUCCCCCCACCCCCUCCGUUAGUUUGUUGUCCAUACUUUUGUGUACCGGACUCCUCUGUCGGAGACUCCUGUUCUUCAGAUCAGUGUGUGAUGUGAAACUAGACGAUAGAUUAUUAUAUACAAGUAUAACACAGGACAUGAGCUUAUUUUGCACAUAUCAAAUUAAUGAAUACUAGAAAAAAAACAAGUAUUUGGGUUGAUAGAAAUUCAAUGUCUGUUCUCUAAAAGGAUUGAGUGUUUCUUUUUUAAUCUGUCCCAUCUGUCUCAUCUGAUUUCAUAGAGAAGAGGUUGUGAUUCACUAAAAACCUUGCAUGUUGUUUUUCCCUCUUAAUGUUUUUUAUAUUAAUGUAAACUCAUUUCACGCGAUAGAUCUAAACGACUGUAUUGAGUUUAUUUAAAACAAAUGUCUUUUUAAAGUUUUCAAACCAAAAACUGUGUAUAUCUACGUUUGAGACACAACAAAAAAAUGUGUGCGUAUAAACUAUCAUAUAAUCGAUUGUUUUUACAUGUUUUUAUUUCUAUUUCCGACAUCACUACUUGGAUAAGUGUACAUAGAUGCAGUGCUACUUUUACUUUAAGCAGUUGCCAAUAAUAAAGAAAUAUGUUGCCUUGAA